CGCCAAAUCCUCAGUUAGUCGCCCUGGAACCGCCAAGUUUUAAACGUUGCAAGGAGUGUGUUUACAUCCGGUGAGUGCUUCUGGGGAGUGUUUGUGGGGAGAGGGACCAGUUCUGGCCGAGACGCUAUAAGAGACACACUCAGAUAACAGCACUUAAGACUUGGAGGUUCUUGUGAGACAAGGUGCAGAGAUCCACAACAGCCCUACACAAGUCUCAAGAAAACUCGCUAUAACGACCUACCCUUCGCCUUGAGACCAAUUUAGCGAGACGGGAAAGACUAAAUCGCGACACGGUGGGGGGAUUUAGCUCCUGGACCGGGCUCCCUUGUGUGUUUUGUGUGUCUGCGGCCAUGCUGACAAACCCCCAUCUACUUUACCCAUCUCUAUAAUCCCUCCUAAUCUCACCAUUCACCAAAGCUCUCAAAAUACAUCUAUAAUCCUCCAAGAAUUUAGAUCGUUUGUAACGACCGGAACCUCUGAAUGACUAUUUAAUCGGUGAUUUAAAUCUGAUUUGUGUUGAAAAUAAUGAGAGACUAGCGAAGGAACUUAAAAGAUGGUGAAAGGUGUAGCGAGGUGCGACAUGAUGGAGAAGUGUGUGAGGAUAGUGUGGGUAGCUGUGCUGCUCUUGGGCAUCCCUGUCCUCGCUAAGAGAACGAGGAGACCAGAGCUGCGUAGCCUCCAGGAGGGAUGUGGUCGCGAGGAGGUGGUGGUUGUGCCAGAGCAACAGGUGUGGCUGGUAUCCCCAGGCUACACACUCCAGGGUGUGGCUAACGGCUCCCAGAACACCUGCACCUGGUCGGUCAAGGCGCCGCCAGGGCACGGUGUGGUGCUCGAGCUGGUUCGUCUUAGAUUGCGUCGAUCUCGUCGCUGCUCCGCCAGCAGGGUACAGGUGUUGCCGGGGCUGUCCGUCGACCAGACCCACAUCAGACCCCUGGCAAAAUUUUGUGGACGAACACCCAGAACCAAACUAUGGAAAACGACGUUCUCAGAGGUGGACAUAGAAUACAAGAGCAGCAAGAACGUAGAUCUGAAACUGAAGGGCAGAGCGCAUGACGCCGGAGUGAAGGGACCACAAACCCCAGACGCCAACAAGAGAGCGGAAACGCCCCCUUCCUCACCAAGACAUGGUAGAGGUCCAUCGGGAUCCACUAGAGCCGACAAACUAGAGCGGAUCAAGGCUCUCCAGAGAUUUUAUAAACUCAAAAGGCAACAGAAUAAUCAGCUUCAGUCACAGAGAGGCCUCGAACACUCCUCACAGACUGAGAGACGGAGCUACCAUUAUCGCGCCCAAAGUAACAGUCGGCGUUUCUACAGGCACACAAACAUAUCCGGAUUAGAAUCCACAGAUCUGGCGCUCAAUGACAACCUGCUGGUGGACGGAGACAGUUUCGUGUACGACCUAGCGAGCCGGACGUACGGAGCCGUCUCCGACCUUCCAACACCCAAGAGUGUCCGCCUCCUAAGUGUUGGCGAACCUUCGUGGAUUAAUUCCAACUUCAUUAUCCACGACGGUCAGAAUGACACUGAGUUGAUCCAUUACAUGGAUGAGCCGAGGGCGGAGGAAGGCCACCCACAUGAACGGAAACGGAAGAGAAAUUCCAAGCUCAAGAAAUCGAAUCGAAAGAGAAGCUUGGGCGAGUUGAUUAGAGAGAUUAGGGCCGACGACGCCGGGAAAGCGACUGAGAGACUCCCGCGGUCGCCACAAGACGCGCCAAACAGAGGACGGAAAGGCAGCGGCCGCCAGAAACACGAACGCUCCAGGUAUCAUACAGUCACCCGUGGCCGGCCCGGUCCACGACGUCAACAGUACAGAGUCACCAUCAAGAAUCACCAGCGGACCGCACCUCAAGGACCACGGGCCGCACCUUCCCGUAGAGCCCUCGACACCAGUUACUCUCGAGGCCGGAACGAAAUUAUACCCCACAAACCCACCAAACCCAACAUGCACCAUGGCGCUAAGCACCCGUAUUCUCCCUCGAAGAACUUUGGGUAUAAACCUUCCACAAGCGAGCGAGAGAAUGCGGUGAUCAGCCGACCUGUAGAUGGAAGCAGGACGCACAGGUCGAAGGAAUAUUUUGUGAUUAAGGUGUCGGCCUUCCGGAGUGGGUGUGGCGGUGAAGUGAAGGAACGACGGGGCAGGUUCUCCAGCCCAGGCUUCCCUCGUAAGACGAGCGCCAAGACGUCCUGCUUCUGGAGGUUUAAGACUCCCGCAGGCAGCCACUGGAAGCUGCAGUGUAAGGACUUCCAUAUUCGCAAAUCACAGCUCUGUCUCAGAGACCACUUGGCCAUCAGGAUCAACAACGCUGCCUGGUCAAGAUAUUGUGGUCGUGAAGGCCCUAGUCUGGCACUCACCUCCUCCCACGAGGCCUCCGUCGACGUCGUCCUCAACACCUUCAGAAACUCCUCGGCAAGGAUCGUCUGCUCGUGGGAGACGACCCGAAUUGAUGAGGCCACCGAGCUCAAUCACAACUACGGGAGAUACUGGAGCUACAACCUCACCCGAGCCACCACAACCACCACUACAACCACCACCACCACAACCACCACCACACCUCCGCCGCCCAGAGCACCCCCAUCCAGGGGAACUUGUCAAGAUUACACGCACCUGACCUCAAACCACACCCUAUGUCGGGCUACGCCCUCCACCUGCGCCAUAUACCACAGGGGCGUGACCCUACACGACCAGGUGGCCAUCGUGGAGUCCCACAACCGUUACAGAGCGAAGGUUGCCCGCGGAGAGGAGAGCGAGGGGCUGCCUGGACCGCAGUAUUCUGCGUCAGAUAUGCAGGAGUUGGCCUGGAACGAGGAACUGGCCUACGUGGCCCAGGCUUGGGCUUCGGCCUGUCCGGACUACCAUGAUUGCCACGACUGUCGUCGUCUCCUCUCUAGGGACUACUACGUAGGUCAGAACAUCUUCUACGAGUGGAGCAGCAGUAACGCCGGUUCCGUCUGGGAGACGGCUGUCAGACUUUGGUACGAAGAAGUCAAAUAUGUGCCCAACUACCUCAUCAAAAGCUUCCAGUCGAUGGAUCACGCGGUCAUCGGCCACUACACGCAGUUGGUAUGGGCCGACACGCGGGAGAUAGGCUGUGGCGCCGCCUACCACGACUGCUCCAAGGAAUUCAAGGGACGAGUCUGGAAGCUGAAAUGCAAAAUCUACGUUUGCAACUACGGCCCCACUGGCAACUUCCUCAAAAAACCCAUGUAUAACAUUGGACCAGCUGCCUCCUCCUGUCCAGCCAAUUCUCGCCCGUCAUUAGAGUACCCUGGACUCUGCACAUCCCAUUGAUGUGUAGAGUCAGUGUGACUCUUGGACUCUCAGCCUCCUGAACCACCUGCGUAGCUCUCUGACAUCCGAUUCACGACAGUUGGUCUCUUAAGAGUGCCCCGGCCCGCCCUCUCCUUAGACGUGUGUCAAGAGCCUUGGCUCUCUUCAACAAAGAACUAUCGUCAGAUUUGAUCAUGGCAAUUUAGGGUUGUGAAAAUCGUUUAACAGUUGUCUGUUCAAAACUGCUGGCAAGUGCCUAUCAGGUGCAAGACCUAUCAGGACCUCAAGGCAAUACACUGGUGGAAAAAACAAAUGCUGCUUCGUGCAAGUCUUAGAUUCUGUUUGCAACGAAUCCGCAAAUAGUGGAAAAGAUUGAAGAGGACAGAAAAUAGGAAUAAGUGGCCAAGAACUUCACUUUUAAAUAUUGCCAAGAUGGGUGCUCCCUACAUGCUAUUAUUCAGUGUUUUUCUCCUAAUAUUUUGCCCCCCAUUAGAUAAGUCCCAGUUGAAGGAGUAUUCAAAGACGAUGAAUAAAUCCACAAGGGCCGUAACGAGGAUUCGAACUUACGUCCGAAAGGAUCCCAGACGCUGCCUUAAAGACGAUAUCCCCCUGUCAUAUCAGUUAAGAAAGUCUCUUAAAGACUGUUUCAAAGACGUUGUUAUAGUCGAUGUUGUAUGCGACUAAUGAGCAAUUUAAGUGUCGAUCAGUGACAGAGAACAAUCGAAAAAAAAACGUAAAGUCUAAAUAGGCCAUUUAACACUACUCUUCAACCCCUAACAACACCAAAUUCCUAGAUAUCAUUCAGGAAGCCAUUAUGAUGUUUCAGAUUUAGCUACUCAGAACGAAGUGUCUAUGUAGCACGGGCUAUGGUGAGCCCGUAAACCAUUAUGAGAGCAGAAAGCCAUAAUGCUCGGCACUGUUGGAACAUAUCAGCUUCGUGAUGGAUUAGAUCUGCCUCAGUGACAAAGAUAUAUAUGUGAAAUUUGUUGUAUCUGAGAGUUACAGUGAAGAGUUCCGUAACGACACGGAUGUAAAGGUUCCGACACUCUCUCGCAAUAUCACCAGCUUCCUCUUCUCGAAAUUGUUCAAGAAUAGUGCGGUUUUUUGUUCAAAAAGUUAAGGUAAAGUGUUCAAAAUCUGGAAAUUGUUAGUGAUAUACUGGUUUACUGAGAAAUUAAAUAAUUGUUGACACAAAAUAUUUGGUAUGAAUGUUUCACAUUACUCACCAAGGCUAUCUUGAGGUUAUCUUGAGAUGAUUUCGGGGCUUUAGUGUCCCCGCGGCCCGGUCCUCGACCAGGCCUCCACCCCCAGGAAGCAGCCCGUGACCGCUGACUAACUCCAAAUGAGGAGUGCUUCCUUACUAAACUGGACAUGAGGUAUCGUUAAGUAAGGUGUUUUCGGGGCUUAGCGUCCCCGCGGCUCGGUCGUCGACCAGGCCUCCUUACCUCACUGGCUGAGAGCUAUUCCUCGAUGAAACAGUUGCGUAAUAGACAAAACUUCCUCGACACAAGGGCUGUUUCAGCAAAGUUUCAGCAAAGAAAGUGUUGAUGAUCGUGUGUGUGUAUAUUGACGUCCUAAAGAGCAGUACACCAUGCUGAAGUGUUCACAAGAGAUCCUGACUAUAGCAGAGAUACUUUAUAGACACGUAUCUAUUCACCAGAAAUAGAUAUUUAACAGCAAAGUUGACUAUUUGUGCGAAAUUCAGGCACAUAUUACAUGGUUUUUCUCAGUGAGAAAUGUUGAAGAAUAGCAUUAAGUUUCUCAUAUCCUCCGAAUUUUGUUCCCACAACGCAUUAUAUAUAUAUAUAUAUAUAUAUAUAUAUAUAUAUAUAUAUAUAUAUAUAUAUAUAUAUAUAUAUAUAUAUAGGGGGUAUAUCCGUGAUAAUAUAUAUAUUGUACUGUAAAUUAUGUAAUAUAAUUAUUAUUAUAUAAUUUAAUAUCUAUCACUUUUUGCUAUAGUACCUUUUGUGUCUUAGCUAAUGAACCCCAACUAUUUAGAAGCAAAUAAUGUCUAUGAUUGUAUUGUGCAAAUGUUUAUAUAUAUAUAUAUAUAUAUAUAUAUAUAUAUAUAUAUAUAUAUAUAUAUAUAUAUAAAGAAAACCUGUUCUCACAAUUUGGGACUCUUAUGUAUGUCGUAUGAACACAAUUGUAAAAAUUGUGUUUGUUUAAAUGUGUUUGAACUGCAUUGUUAGGCAAAAUUAUUCAGUUUAGACACUUGCCAAAUCAUAAUAGGUGUGUGUGUGUGUGUGUGUGUACUCACCUAGUUGUACUCACCUAGUUGUGUUUGCGGGGGUUGAACUCUGGCUCUUUGGUCCCGCCUCUCAACCGUCAA